ACGGCGCUUAUACCGGCAAACCUCGAUGACCUCAUGCGGCGGCAAUGGUGGCGGAUCGUGCCAAUCUCUCUGCCAUGAAACUAAAUACGACGAACUCCUGCCGCAACCACAGCCGGCAGCACAGGAAGAUGAUACUCGAGAUAGGCUUGGUUCCAAGGGGGAUCAACUCCUGUGCUCUAAGUGCGGGGAGGAGAAAUCGGCUUGGAGCGGUCUCUGCUUGGCAUGCUUUCGUUCCUCCCUUUACGGAAAGUUUAAGCUCGCCGUCACCUCGAACGCCAUGAUUUCUCCAAGCGACAAGGUCCUCGUCGCCUUCUCCGGUGGCCCCGCCUCCAGAGUCGCUCUACAGUUUACUCAUGAGCUACAAUGUAAAUCUUUAAAGAACUGGGAUGCAAGUAAAUCUCAAGGCUUACCAGUAUUUGGCGUAGGGGUCGCUUUUGUUGAUGAAAGCUCGGUUUCUCCUAAUUCAUCGAAUGUUGUGUCCAACAUAUUUGAAGAAAUAAAUAGCAUUGUAUCUGAAAUAGCUCCUGCUCAGAAAACGCUGCAUGUGAUGGCUAUUGAAAGUCUUUUUUGUAAGGAUUUUGAUGAUGGAAGGAGGUGUCUUAAUGAGUUGUUGGAUGGUAUUACAGAUGUUACUGGGAGAGAAGAUUUCACGCAAAGUCUGCGCAUGCUUACUUUACAAAAGAUUGCUUUGGACAACAGAUACACCAAACUUUUGCUUGGAUCCUGUACAUCAAAGAUGGCACGAGUAAUAAUAUCUGCUACUGUUAAGGGUCAAGGUUUCUCUUUACCGGCUGAUUUGCAAUAUGUUGAUGCAAGGUGGGAAGUGCCCGUUGUGCUUCCACUUCGCGACUGUCUUGCCCAGGAGCUUGCCAUGCUUUGUCAUCUAGAUGGUUUGAAGACAAUACAGCUAUUCAACCGCCCCUCUGGAAUCAAUAGCUUGGUAUCAUCAUUUGUUGCACGCCUACAGGAAGAAAACCCUUCUCGAGAACGAACGAUAGUAAGAACUGGAGAGAAGUUGAAGUCAUUCUCCUUUAACAAAUUUACGCAGGAUGGGUAUUAUGACUUUCUUCCAUCGAUUAUCCGCUCUAAGUUUCAAAAUAUUAAAUACAAAGAAUCAAAGCCUAAAACUUUCUGCCCAAUCUGUGGGAGCCCACUGAGUGAUUCGGAAUGGCAGCAUCUCCAAGAUGUUGAAGGAAUGUGCCAAACUAAAAUUGAAAUGUUCGCUUCGCAGUGUUGUCGAACUUGUCGUUUUCAGAUAAUCCCGAAAGAUAGAAGCUCUCUUGAGAAGUUCUAUUUGCUUUUACCUUCGUUGAUAACAAAUAGGAUUAAGGAUCAGGGAUGUGCUGACCAGAGUUUGUUAAGGGAGCAGAUAGAGGAGUUUCUUAUCAACGAAGAUGACGAUAGCAGAUGAAGUGUUAGUUUUACAUGGAGUGCGAAGCACUAGUUCAAGUGAAAAGUCAACUGCUGACACCUCACAUUUUCUCAGAGUCAACAUCUUUACUUGGUGAACAAUUCAAGAGCCAAAUGGAGCAGCAUAAAUUGAGCCUUUUAUGGAGAUCGAGAAAAGCCUUUUGUGUUGCCAAAGAUGAAGCUUUUGCAAAUUCCAAGGUGCAUUAUGUGCAUUUCAUGCAGUAUUUCCCAUUUGUUAUGAUGUAUUAUACCU